CUCGGGCGGAGGUAUUCCUGUCUGUAUACAGUACGUUAGUCUACCAGGAAUAUAUCACUCUCAUUACUAAUUUAUCAACAACAAAUUACAUAGGAGUUACUAGGGUGGAAUGCACCUCCACGAGCUGUUCCAGGGAACAUAGCAUUGUUAACAUAUAUUACACGUGAAACCCAGCACGUACAACAGUACCACAAACAAACGCCAACAAGUUUAACGCGCGUGUGUUAGUCCCGUACACGUGUAUCAGAACAAGUUCUACAGUCGGACAGUAAACAAAGACUACAUAGUUGUUAGACUAAUUUGAUCACAUCUUUACAUCAAUAAUCUAAACUCGCAGCCUUCCGAAAUGUCCUUUCAUAACCAUAAAGGGAUGGGCGUGGCAGCCUUGGUGGCUGUGCUUGUUUUUGUCCUUGGAAUCCUGAUUGGUUUCUUCUCAAAGUCGUUUUACGGACCUGACUUGGGAACAUGCCCGGGUGCUGGGCUGCAGAAACUGACGGAGGAUGCGGACCAUGGCGUCACGGAGUCUCUUCUGAGUUAUAUCGAUGUACAACACCUGGACAGCGUAUACAGAGAGCUGACAUCCAAACCGAGGCUCGCCGGAACUGAGAGUCAGAAGGAAAGUGCAGACUACGUACACAAUCUGUUUCAGGAGUAUGGUCUGACGUCACAGAUCGACACGUAUGACGUAUUUUUAUCUUACCCAGCUGAAGGACAUGACAACUCCGCUUCGGUAGUGAACGAAAAUGGCGAAGUGGAAUACCGGACAGUAUCUCUGGAGGAACUGACACGAGAGGAUACCAGACAUCCGGACGAAAUACAGGCCUUUAAUGCCUUUUCUCCAAGCGGGGACGUCACAGCCGAGCUGGUGUAUGCUAAUUAUGGAAGGGCAGAGGAUUUUGAUAAACUCCAGGAACUUGGAAUCAAUUGUUCCGGUAAAAUAGUAAUCGCUAGAUACGGGAAAAUCUUCCGAGGAAAUAAGGUUAUGUUUGCCCAUCAAGCUGGCGCUGUAGGGGUGAUACUGUACUCGGACCCUGCCGACUAUGGUCCCCCUCUCUCUAACACCACGGCCUCCGGAAUGGCUGAUGUCUACCCCGACACGUGGUGGCUACCGGACACUGGAAUGCAGAGGGGCAAUAUCAUAAUGACCAAAGGAGACCAGGCAACACCGGGAUAUCCCGCACUGUGGUACACCCAAAGGUUAUCGGACGAGGAGCUGGAGAAAAAACUGCCAAAGAUACCGUGUCAUCCUAUUGGCUAUCGGGAUGCCUACAAUAUAUUGAAGGAGAUGGAGGGGGAGGAGGUACUUCCGCUCUGGCGAGGGAACCUGAACCUCACCUACAGGUUCGGUCCGACAUUACGGAAUAACAGGAAAAUAAGACUUGUAGUAAAAAAUGAGAAUCGUACAGUUCCGAUACAUAAUGUGAUUGGCCAGAUCACAGGUGCUAUUGAGCCGGACCGCUACGUCAUAUUUGGUAAUCAUAGAGAUGCCUGGGUCUACGGCGGGACGGAUCCAGCUUCCGGUGGCAUCAUUAUAAUGGAACUAGCUCGGAUAUUUGGAAAAUUACUAGAAACAGGAUGGCGUCCGAGACGAACUCUUUUGUUUUGUAGCUGGGAUGCGGAGGAAUAUGGACUUGUAGGUUCCUACGAGUUUGUUGAGGAUAAUUUAAAAUGGCUGACGUCCAAUGCUGUUGCCUAUCUAAAUGUUGAUUCACCUGUGUCUGGUAACAAGACUCUGAUACUAAGGACAGUUCCAUUGUUACGGCAAGUUUUCUUCGAUGCUGCCAAACAGGUACCUGACCCUCACGUGACCGGUCAAUCUGCCUUUGAUGUUUGGAGAGGAGAGAAACAGACACCAUCAACACGGAAAGUCGGUUCCGGGAGUGAUCAUACGCCAUUUGUAGCUAAUGCUGGAGUUCCCUCCCUUUAUCCUAAAUUCGCUAAAAUGGACAAUUGGCCUGCUGCAGGAACACCACUGUACCACACCAGAUACGAGACUACCCAUCUAAUGAUGAUGAUAGACCCCGGAUUUAAAAUUUCCAGUGCUAUGGCGGGAAUCAUGGCGGAGACGGGCAGACGACUGUCAGAUUCACUUGUUAUUCCACUGGGUUUACGGGACUACGCCGACGAUCUGUGGUUAUCCGUACAUUCCCUAAACAUAUCUGUGUAUGGAAUCGUCCAACAAAAAUACAUAAAUGGCGUGAUGAAGGGCGCUGACGCCCUGAUGGAGGCUGUGGACAAGUUUGAGAACGCAACGGAAAGUCUGGACAGGCAAAACCCUGUUGCGAUCCGGAUUCUAAACGACAAACUGAUGGCAGUAGAAAGGGCAUUCCUCGAUAUCAAUGGAAUCCCAAACCGUCAACAUUACAAACAUCUCAUUCAUACGCCGAGUGCUACGAACCAUUAUGGCGGUCAAGAUUUCCCGGGGGCGGCGGAUCUUCUCUCCCGGUAUAAACAUAGCAGCACACCGGAAGCUGUUAGGGAGCUCGAGGGGCACCUCUCUGUCAUUGCGCAUGCCUUCUUCUCGGCGGCUAAAGUCCUGCUUUAUUAGUCGACCUCUUCUACAACAUCGCCUGGUGUCAUUGUUAUAUUGGUGUGUUUGUGUUCGGGAGUGACUGUAAUAAUGAACUCAAAACAUUCAAUUUCAAGUCAGAUAUUUUAAUUUGCGAUUGAGAUAAUUAACAUAUGAUUUGAUUGAUAAAAUGUAUUAAUUGUAAGUGAGCUAUUAAAGAAACUGUAUUUUUUCACGA